AUGGCCAGAGCUUUUGGGGACUUUUGUUUGAAAGAUUUUGGUUUGAUCUCUAUCCCAGACGUCUAUUACCACCACAUCACUGUAGGAGAUGAGUUUGUCAUUCUUGCCUCUGUUGGGGUCUGGGAUGUCCUAUCCAAUAUGGAAGCAGUGGAAAUUGUGACCUCGGCUCCUGACUAUGGAACAGAAAUUACAACUACGGAGUCCAGUGAGAUAGUGUCUGUCGUUGAGGAAGUGAAGGAGAAGCUACUGGACAGGUCUCUUGGCCUGUUUAAUAGGAGUCUAGCAGAGUUCCUUGCGACUGCAGAUGAUGAAUAG